AUGAACACAGAGGAGGGUUUGAGGGACGUGACUCAGCUGGUGGCCACCUACCCCCAGGGCUUCAAAUUCUGGCGGGGCCCCACCCUCCCCCUCGUCAACGUUUACCACCCCGACAUCAUCCGACCUGUCCUGAAUGCCUCAGCCGCCAUUGUACGGAAGGAUAGUAUCUUCUUCGGCUUCAUGAAACCCUGGCUGGGGGAGGGGCUCCUGCUGAGUGUCGGUGACAAGUGGAGCCGCCACCGUCGCAUGCUGACUCCCGCCUUCCAUUUCAACAUCCUGAAGCCCUAUGUGAAGCUUUUCAACGACAGCGUGAGCAUAAUGCACGCCAAGUGGCAGCGCCUGGCCUCGGAGGGAAGUGCCCGUCUGGACAUGUUUGAGCACAUCAGCCUCAUGACCUUGGACAGUCUGCAGAAAUGCGUCUUCAGCUUCGACAGCCAUUGUCAGGAGAAACCCAGUGAAUACAUCGCCGCCAUUGUGGAGCUCAGUGCCCUUAUACAAAAAAGAAGCCGGGACAUCCUCUCGUACAUGGACUUCCUGUACUAUCUCACUCGCGAUGGACAGCGCUUCCGCCAGGCCUGCCACCUGGUGCACGACUUCACAGAUGCCGUCAUCCAGGAGCGACGCCGCACCCUCCCCAGUCAGGGUCUUGAUGACUUUCUCAAGGCCAAAGCCAAGACCAAGACUUUGGACUUCAUUGAUGUGCUCCUGCUUAGCCAG